AUGUCGUCCGCCGAUGAGAAACAGCGAGUUGAUGCGGCCACUGCCGACGUCUUGAAGCCCGGGUCACCAUCUUCGGAUACGUCUGACGAUGCGCCAAUCGACCCCCUGGCUGAGCGCCGGCUCCUCAGGAAGCUCGACCUGAUCAUUUUCCCCGUCUUUUUCGUCGUUUACAUGAUGGCCUUUCUGGACCGCAUCAACAUUAGCAAUGCCUCCAUUCAGGGUCUCACCAGCGAACUCAAGCUCGACCAGGGCAACCGCUUCAAUGUCGCUCUCUUUGCCUAUUACGCGUCGUACGUCCUGCUCGAAGUGCCCUCCAACAUGAUCAUCAAGCAUGUCCGCCCGUCGCUCUUCCUUUCAGGGCUCAUGUUUCUCUGGGGCAUCAUCAACAUGUGCAUGGGCUUCGUCCACUCGUACGAAGCCCUCGUUGGCCUGCGCGUCCUCCUCGGCGCCUUCGAGGCCGGCGUGCUGCCCGGAAUCGUCUACGUCUCGUCCAUGUACUACAAGCGCCACGAGUACCAGAAGCGCAUGUCCUUCUUCUUUUGCAGCACCGUUGUCGCCGGUGCCUUUGGCGGCCUGCUCGCCUACGCCAUUGCCGGCCUCGGCACCCCCACCAUGGCCUCCUGGCGGUGGAUCUUUAUCAUUGAGGGCGCCGUUACCUCCUUCCUCGCCAUCUUCGCUGCCUUUCUCAUCAUUGACUGGCCCGAGCAGACGCGCUACCUCAACGCCGAGGAGAAGGAUCUUCUGCGCAGACGCAUGGCAGCCGACGUGGGCGACCUCUGCCGCAUGGACACGCUCAACAAGUUCGCCUUCACCCGCAUUGUCCGCGACUGCAAGAUCUGGCUGGCUGCCUUCAUGUACAUGGGCAUCUCGGUCGCCGGGCUAUCGGGCACCUUUUUCCUGCCGACCAUCCUCCUCGAAUUCCAGUGGAAGGCCCAGGAGGCGCAGGUCCGCACCAUCCCGGUCUACGUCUUCGCCGCCGGAAUGAUGAUCCUCGGUGCCUGGGCGUCGGACCGCCUCAAGCACCGCUUCAGCUUCAUCAUGGGCGGCGCUUCCAUGUCGACCAUCGGCUACGCCAUGCUGCUCGCCCAGGAGGGCAAGUCGCGCGACUACAAGUUCGCAGCCGUCUUCCUCGUCUUUGGCGGCGCCUACAUGAUCACGCCCAUGUGCCUCGGCUGGCUGCAGAACAACCUCUCGGGCCACUGGAAGCGCUCGUUUGGCGCCUCGGCGCAGGUCAUGAUUGGAAACCUCGCCGGCAUCAUGGGCGCCUUCAUCUUCAUCAAGUCGGAGGCGCCCACGUACAAAACGGGAUACGGGGUCGCCCUUGGCAUGAUGUGGUUCGGUGCGCUCUGUGCCACAGCCAUGGCCGGCCUCAUGUUGAGGGAGAACCGCAAGAGGGCGCGCGGUGAGCGCGAUGACCGGCUCGCCUUGCCCGAGGAGGACCGGACCAACAUGGGCGACUGGCACCCGAGCUUCAAGUUCACUCUGUAA